AUGGCACCAUUACAAGUAUUGCAGAGGCUGACUAGUCAAUAAGAGAUUACAUCUUCUCUCCAGCUCCUCCUCUUCUAUCCCACCCAAGAAAUACUUCCCCAACUUUGCUCUGCUGUGUAAACUGUUCAAAGAUGAUGUCAUAGCUACUCCACUUCUCAAAGGGGCCAGGGCACGGAAACCAAGGCGCAGGAGGGGAAGAGAGCAACAGAAAAGCUCUCCCCUUUGUCACAAUUCUUGCCUUCCCAUUCCCCACAGGUGUUUGAUGCUUCAGACAAAUUGGGCUGGCUUGGAACGGCAGUUCAAACUACCUGCGCCGAAAGAGCACUUUGCAUUGUAUCUGAUUUUUUUUUAUGACUAGCAAGUAGCAAGCUCAGCUUCCCUAUGCUCUUCCCCCUCCUCCACUCCCACUUAGGUUAAGAGCAUACGUGUGUGUGAGUGUAUGCAGUGCGUGUGUUCCUCUUCUUGGCAUACCCCCACCCCCUUUCUCCCCUGCAAGUUGGAAUUUUCUUCUUCCGCAUCACAUCCAAAUCUCUGCUAAAGCAUUGGUUCCUCAGAGCCAGAGAAAAGCAGCCAGAGAGAGAGAGAGAGCAAGAGAGACGGAGAGAAAAAAAAACCCACUCUCCUUUUGAUGUGCUUUGUCUUGGUCGGUUCUCAGCUGCUGGACAUCAUGCGUGGACCACGGCAUUGCUGAAAAGACUGUCAGAGGACCUGCAAUUUCCAACGAGAAACCUACAUCCAGACUGAGCUUGGUUACCCCAGUCUUGCCACAACUAAGAUGGAUCCGCUUUUCCACACCCAAGCUGGAGACCUUCUUUACAUGCGGAGGCUGGUCAAUGACUCAUCCCUGUGGAACAUCACCUUCGGCGACUGGUUUCACAAUGGGACAACUGACGGCUUCUUGCCCAUGGGCAUCAAGGUCACCAUCGUGAUUGUCUACUCCAUAGUGUGCAUCGUGGGGCUGGUGGGCAACUGUUCCGUCAUGUAUGUGAUCAUCAGAUUCACCAAGAUGAAGACAGCAACCAACAUCUACAUCUUUAACCUGGCUCUGGCUGAUACCUUGUGCCUAAUGACCUUACCUUUCCAAGGCACCGAUACCUUCUUGGGCUCCUGGCCAUUUGGAAAUGCCCUCUGCAAGAUUGCCAUCUCCAUUGACUACUACAACAUGUUCACCAGUACUUUCACACUGACCAUGAUGAGUGUGGAUCGCUAUAUUGCCAUCUGCCACCCCAUCAAAGCCUUGGACAUCCGUACGCCCCACAAAGCUAAACUUGUCAACAUUUGCAUUUGGGCCUUGGCCUCGGUCUUUGGGAUCCCUGUGAUGGUAAUGGGAUCGACUGAGAAUGAAAAUGAUGAGAUUGACUGCCUGAUCAGACUCCCUGAACCAGUGGAAUAUUGGGAUCCCAUCUUUGGAAUCUGCAUAUUUCUCUUCUCCUUUAUGAUCCCUGUCAUGGUCAUCACAAUUUGCUACAGCCUCAUGAUCAGGCGCUUGAAGAAUGUCCGUGUUCUUUCUGGAUCCAAGGAGAAGGACCGAAAUCUCCGGCGCAUUGCUCGCCUAGUCCUGGUGGUGGUGGCCGUCUUUGUCAUCUGCUGGACCCCCGUCCACAUCUUUGUCCUGGUCCGGUGCCUGGGAGCCAAGGCAGACAAUGAGGUCAAGUUAGCCAUCUUGUACUUCUGCACUGCCCUGGGUUACACCAACAGCUGCCUGAACCCCGUGCUCUAUGCUUUCUUAGAUGAGAACUUUAAGACCUGCUUCAAGAAGUUCUGCUUCCCAUCUGCCUUUAGGAAAGAGCUCCAGAUGUCCAACCGGAUGUGCAGCAUUGCCAAGGAUGUGGCUUAUGCUUGCAAGAAUUCAGAUGGGACUAACAAUCCGGCAUGACUAGGCGUGGAAAUUCCGAUGGUGCCGGUCAGCCAACAGAGCCCAACGACGCCCACGUCGGAGCUAACUCAGAUAACAGCCCUUUAAAGUACAAAUAUUUUUGAUCCAGGGCUAGAGACUCACCAUGAGUUGGGAGGAGGAACAUAUUGGAACAUUCCUCCCCCCGAGAUAAUAAAGAAGUGAGGCAUUUUGAAUAUCAGAAUGUAAUACCUCUUUCUCUUUAAGGGCCGAAUUUUCAAUUGACUCUUGGAUUCCACAAGGCCACGAUCAUGUUGGCUUUGAGCAUGCCACAUAAAUACAAAGGAUUUUGGAAUGAAAGAGGUUUAAUGUGCAUCCUGGCUAUUGUAGGUUUCUUUGUUGCUGCCACAGCAGUUGGAAAGUGAAAGACACAGAGAGACAGUAUUCUUUGCUACUGCAACUUGAAUUGCUUCAAUGGCUCAUCAGACAAUUGUAUACUGAGAAAGCUUUGUAGUGAGAUUUUCAAUGAGUUCAAGGUUCGAGUUUAUGGGAGCUGAAGUCCAGAAUGGCAUGAAGAGCAUAACAGAAAAGAUUAUUUACAACUAAAUGAGCUAUUCAAUUCUGUGCAUUUCAGUGUCUGAAUACUGGGAGCUUAGAAGGAUGUCUUCAUGCUUUGUUUUAAUGCUUUGAACCUUUGGUGGAUGAGUGCAGCAGAAUGGAAUCGAGACCUAUGGUGAUGAAGCAGAGUUGUGGAAAUGUAAUACAUAUUUCCAAUUAUACCAAUUUCUUCAUUUUACCUAAGAACACUCUAAAGUGGGCUGCCAAAUACAGAGAUAAUGAUGACAAAUAUGUACCAUCUUGAGCAACGCACAUCUGAAAGGGUUUUUUUUUUACUCUUAAUAAUGCAACAUAGCAGCUAUUGUAGCCACAGGUAAGAAUGGACAAGGAUAACAAUCAAGAGGCAAAAUUCAAGCAUAUGAAAAGUCAGUUCAAGUAAUGACUUAAAAAGCAGGUUUUAAUAAUAAUAAUGAUAAUAAUGAUAAUAAUAAUAAUAUGAAUUCCCUGCCCACUUCUGAAUUCCCUUUACACACAUAUAUAUAUAUAUAUAUACCGUAUAUCUAAGCCCAAUUGCCCUCUCCUGUUGCAUUGUGAAUUCUGGCCUGGUCUCCUGAUGGAAACUAGAAAUGAAGCAUAUUGUCAGUUAAGACAAUUCCAGUGUCCAUUGCAUAUCUACAAGGGUAUUUCAGAUCCAUUAUAGCAGGGGGUGGGAAGUCUAAAACUGCUGAGUUGACUUACGAGAACUCAUCCUUGGUGGUGACUUUUCCCUAUGGCCAAACUCCAAUGGUUGAUAUGUCCCAGUGUGUAAGGAUUCCAUGUAGCUAAAAUCACAGCCUCCUUGUAUAAAAGAAUACACUCUUUAGCUUCGUUUUAAUGGCAUUGCAGUAGAAAUGGAAGGAAGGCGAUUGACCUUCACCCAAAAGGGACAGGAUGAAACUUGUCUUACUGAUCAAUGCAGUUUCCAGCACUCUAUACAUGUGUAAUUUCUCCCUCCAUAUGGUCCUGCCAACAGAGUUUGGAAAAUGCAGACAGUGGCCAUGCUUGCCGAGGAAUUGUAGUCCAUUCCUUUUGUUCCAAGCUCUGCCUCAUGAAUAUAUGAAUUAAUGGCAUCUCAGAGAAACCUCUAGUGGGGUCAGCCAAAUCACUUUUGUUUUUUUUAUUGUUAUUAAUAACUUAAAUGAUUCAUGAUGGACUUCUGCCAAGAAAGGAGCCCAAUUAGUGGGGAGUUCCAUGAGGACAGGCUGUUGGCCAACUAUAUCCUUCACAUAAGAGUGGGUUGGUGUUUCCAUUCCCAAGAAAGCAUCUAUGUUGCGUGUUAUAAAAAGGCUUUGUGCCUUGACUAUGCCCAACAUAUCAUUGACUGAUAAAUGCACAGAGAUAUUAUCAUUCCUUCGUGUUGUUCAGAGGUUGACCACUUACAAUCCAACCUCAGCAGCCACCACUGUAUCUGCUUAACCGUUCUUCACCAAAAUACACAUUUCUGCUCCGAAUGACUUGCUCCAAUCCUGUUGAAACCCAGCCUUGUUUCUCCUAAGAAGACCUAGUAAUUUUUUUUGCAUGGUAAAACAUGUGCCUCUGGAACUCUACAGGAGAAUUAGAGCUGGAGGAAGCUCAAAAUGGAAAGCAGCGGCCAGAGAAAGGAUGAAGCAGACCCCUUUCACGUCUCUGCUUCUCUGCUCAAACCUAGUGUUUGCCAUUGCUGCUUUUCAUUCAAAAAGGAGGCCAUUGGAGCCUUGUUAAAUGUUUUGUUGUGUAAUAUACAGCUCGGUCUUUAGUGUGCCUGAAAAAACAUUGAAUAUUUCCUUUCUGUGCCUGCAAGAACAAAACAAAAAAGGAUUUUAAAAACAGAAAAAUGAGAAACUGGGCUCAAACUACAAGAACACUGAUCUCGCAGAACUGAAUCCAAACAGAAAGAAGGAACUGUGCCUACUCCUUCUUACUGCUGAUUGUACAGAACUCCUUAUGGAAGUAUUUCUUGUAAGCGGUUUGAUGAAAUUGUGUAUUUUUUCAUGUGUUGAUCUGCUGGAUGUCGGAAUGCUUCCUAUCCACUGUAUGACUAUAAGCUGCCGUGUUUCUAUGUUUUGUAGGUUUUGUCUCUUAUAGUAGGGCUUUGGGAACUAUGGACUGCACCACAAGUUUGAAUACUUGCUGUUCACAGGGGCUUUUGCGUCAAAGCUACAUUUUCUUAGCCCUUGUUUUGAAAAUAGCUGGGGGGGGGGCUGCGGAGGGGGGGAUUUUUGCCAGAUGGCUGGGAAGCUGCUAAUGUUUCUUUUUAAGUAGGAAAACAAAAGGAAGAUGUAACAAGUAUGUUGUAUUGAUGAGUUAUUCCCAAUCCAUUUCAUGACCACAUAGUAGGAUACUGCUCCCCCGCCCCGGCCUGGCACCAUUGAUGUGUCCAUCAGUGAGAUGGACACAUUCAAAUGAAGUUAGUUGAACAUAGGCCCGUUAUUAAAUCAACAGGAUGAGGGCAAGUCAAGGCAUCAAUCCCAUAGAAUUCCACCCACACUAACCUGAAUCACUUUGCUCAAUCCCAACUAAUGGAGCACCAUUGAAUCAACUCAUGAAUAAUGAGUUAACGCAUAGGGGAAAGUCAUUGGUUUAAAUCUAAUUGGCUUAACUUUGCAACAUAAUUUAGAUCCUUUAUGAGAUAAAGGCAUCCUCUGUCAUCAUCAUUAUUAUGGUCCCCCAUACCCACUGAACAUACUGUAGAAAUAGGAAUAAUGAAAUCUGUUGAAAUAAAUUACUUCUUCUAGAAGUUAUAAUAAAGUCUCACUGGAGGACCUAGGAAAUUAAAUAGUUGAGCUCUAAAAUAGAAAACACAUACCUAAAAAACGAUCAGUUCUGAGACAGCUCCUGGUCUAGAAAGAUCUCCACCUGACAAUGUAAGUUUCGGGAGGAGGAAACCAGCCUUGGAGAAGCAACCUCAGACAAAGCCUACUCCAGAAUUCCCACCAAAUGUUCCCAUGAAGGUGGUCUAGAUGCAGUCUUGCACUGCUAUUUGAACCCUCUUGUGUGUCCACAGUAUCUGGUGCCUCCUGUUUAGCCAAGUUGCUGUUGGCUUUGGAUGAAAGAGUGUCUAAGGGUUUAACCCUAUCCACUAAACAGGCUCACACCCUUGGAGAGCUCAGAAUAAAAAUUCAGAAUAAAUUUGGGCACAGAUCCAAUGCUGCACUGAUGUGGAAAUCUCAAGUUCCACUCCAGAGAGUUCAGAAGGUCUUUGAAUGUUUUCAUAAAUUUUAAACCCAUUUCCCCCAAAGAAGUUAAGGUAAAAUGCCUACAUAAUUAUCCAGUCACAUUUCUCAACCCAGAAUUUCUAAAGUUUUAAGAAGUUUGUGUGCUGAUAGAUGGAAGGCUGGAUCUGCAGAUUGUUCUUUUAAGAGCCCAAUUUCUCAGUAGUGACACGAGACUCUAAUUGUCUCGAAGCAGACAGAACAAAGCACCCAAAUCAUAAUCCACCCACCAGCUGACUUGGGUGGAUCGUUGCAGAAAUUAGGUAUUAUGCAUGGGAUUGCUCUAUCCAUCAGACACCCGCCCACCAGCCUAACAGCACCCUCUUGAGAUUCAUACACACACAUACAUUUCCUGUACAUUCAACUCAUUUUUUAUUUAAGAAACUGCUAUAAUUCUUCAGUUUAGAUACAGCUUUAAGCAGACUCCCUUUUCCUUUCCCAUCCCCAUCCCCUUCACCUUCUCUCUCCUUCCUUCCAUCCAUCUUUUCUAGGGCAGCAGGUUCAAGAAGAAAGAGAAAUAUAUAGCUUUAUUGCUCUGUGCCUAUGGAAUUAAAUGGCCCAUGAUUGGCUGGCUGGUUGAAACACAAUCUUCUUAAUUAUCUACUGAAAUGUCUGUGAUGAUAGUAUACUAUGAUUGAGCUUUAUGACUCUUGCUGUGCAAAACAGCUAUUUUGCUAGGCAGCUAUUUGUGCUUUAGGAAGAAUAAAGUUCUGCACUUGGCAA